AUGUUCGAGAUCUUCACCCAAGGCUUCUCGUUCCUCAAUCUGCUCUCGAUUCUCGCCUUCUUCACCACCGUCGGUUUGUUCUUUUGCGGAAUGCCGAUAUGCCGUCAGAUUUGGAAGCGCAAAGACACCGCCGAGAUCUCCGGCGCGCCAUUCUUGAUGGGCGUCGUUGGCGGAUGCUGCUGGAUGACGUACGGUUGGCUGAAAAACGACGGCACCGUGAAAUGGGUGACCGGCUGCCAGGUGAUCCUCUACUCGUCCUACACCGUCUUCUACUGGCUCAUGACGCAAAAGAAGUUCUGGAUCAGCGUUCAGAUCGCCGGCGUCGUCGCCAUCUGCGCCACUCUCAUUCUCGCCGUUCAGUUCCUCGGAAUGCGCAUAUUCCAUCCGUUGGGCAUCGUGUGCCUCACGCUGAACAUCGCCGAUUUCGCCGCGCCGCUCGCCGGCCUUCGCGUCGUCAUCCGUCGUUGCGCCACCUCGACGCUUCCCCUUCCGUUGUGCAUCGCCAAUUUCAUGGUGUCGUCCGAGUGGUUCCUCUACGGUCUCCUCAAGAACGACUUCUACCUCAUCUUCCCCAACGGCGUCGGCUCGCUGCUCGCCUUCAUUCAGCUCAUGCUGUUCGUCGUGUUGCCGAGAAAGCCCGGCCAACGCGCGCCGAUCAUUCGCGUGUGGAUGUGGCUGAAGAAUGAGAAGGUCGAUGAUGCCAAGGAGAUCGUCGCCGAGCUUGGCGACGGCGACGCGAAGAAGCUGAAUCGGGCGCAACGAUGGUCGCAGAAGAUCAAGAUGAACGUGUCGACGGUCGCCGAGGAGCUCGAGAAUGUCAUUCUCAAUUUGCCGAGCAAAGACCAAUUCGCGUACACUCACAAAAUCAGCGACGAGGACACGGGAAGCGAGAAGACCGUCGAGACGCUCGACGACAAAAAGAAGCCGACGACGACGACGACGAGCGGAUUCAUCGAUGACGUGGCGUCGGUGAUUCGCGACGCCGAAUGGGAGCGAAAAAUGCGCAACUCGAUGCGACACGCGACACAAGCGCGCCAGAAAUCCCUUCGACGUACCAUCAGCUCGCCGGACCUCAGCGAGUAG